GAACCGAUGAGGCUUGGAGGAGGAGGGAAGGAGGGAGGGAGCCGAGGGCUGAUUUUUAUCUUUUACCGGAUCGAGAAGGGGAGGAGGCUCGGAGAAUGAGUUAUUCUUGUAGCAGAGCAGAGCCUAUUUGCUGUACGGCGUAUUAGCCAUCGCGUAACUAAAGGCUUCGACGCAAGUAAAUCGGCUCCUGCGGCGACGACGCCGAGAACAUCAGAAAGCCUCAGUUCCUGCCAGGUCGCGCUCCGAACAACCCUCUCCUGCCGGACAUGAAAGUGCAGCAAGGCUGCAACUCAUCAGACAUGGGCAUCCCGGUUACAACCGAAGAAGAAUUGCGCAAACACACCGUAAUAACGCCCGAGGAUGUGCUCGGGCUACAGAAGAUCACCAAGAAUUACCUCUGCUCUCCAGAAGAAAACGUCCACAUGAUCGACUUCACCAGAUUUAAGAUCCGUGACAUGGAAACAGGGACUGUCCUCUUUGAGAUCACCAAACCUCCGACACCAGCUGGCGGUAAAAAGCAGUGUGACCCCAAUGCCGGCCGUUUUGUCCGAUACCAGUUCACCCCGGCUUUCCUACAGCUGCGGCAGGUUGGAGCCACAGUGGAGUUCACGGUUGGUGACACCCCCAUCAACAACUUCCGUAUGAUUGAGAGACACUACUUCCGCGAUCAGCUGCUAAAGAGUUUUGAUUUUGAGUUUGGCUUCUGCAUGCCCAGCAGCAAGAACACGUGCGAGCACAUUUAUGAGUUCCCCACGCUGUCCGAGGAAAUGAUGCGUGAGAUGAUCCUGCACCCUUACGAGACGCAGUCUGACAGCUUCUACUUUGUGGACAACAAGCUGGUGAUGCACAACAAGGCAGAUUAUUCCUACAGCGGAGGGCCGUAGGAAAGCCUCCAUCCUGCAACCCUCCACCAUUUCUCUCUUUCUCCUUCCCUGUUUUAGACAUUUUCGAUAAUCCAGCUAUCACUUCAGGACCAGAAACAGAUGAACUGAUGGACAAAUCACUGGCAUUAAAUACUCAUGUCUCCCUCCAUGUUAAGCUCCAUGCAUUUCCAUUCAGGUACUGAGCUGCCCGGCCAAUCAGAUUUCUCCCUUUGCCUCUUUUUUUUUUUUUUUUUUUUU